AAUAUUUUAGUCUAUGGUUCAUGAAUUAGCUUCUCGUAACGCGCUGCAAUUUUUGAUAGUGUGUUUGGAAAUAAACAGUUCGACGAGUUAAAUUACAACAAUUACUAUUAAUUUGAGAUAAUUAAUGCAUAAAAAAUGUUUUUGCAUCGUGAUAUUUGUGGUACAAAAGAAAAGCAAAGCUUCUGAUAAGAGCAAUCCUCGCUCAGUGAAGUGACGCCAUUUUACGGGAAUGACCAGCCCGCGGCUGCCUCUUAUUAGGCCUGAUGUAAGGAGUAUUCUGUUCAAACGGAUGCAUGGAAACAAAUCACUUGUACUGUACACGUACUGGACGUACGACUUCAGAGAAAACUAUGGAAGAUGGUAACGUUGCCAACGCUAAAGAUGAUACAAUCACUACAGCAAAAUUAACUAACUUGUACAGUGAUCGAUCGUGUAAAUUGACGACAAAUGGACACGAUCUCGCUGGCGAGCCCGCUAGCCCGUCCGACAAGUCGUUCGCACUGCGCCGGACCAGCGCCGACACGUUGCAGGACGACAAAUUCAGGAAACGUAUCAACCCACUCCGAAUACACUUGGGCAAGAGGCCUUUCGUUGAUAACUCUGUACCAUUGGCAGUCAAUAGUGUAAACAAGAAGAGGAAGUCUAUAGUAAAUAAGCCGAGUGAUACAAGUGCACCGAGAGCAGUACCCCGUGUACCUAAACUCAUUCCUAAACGUUUGGAACAUAAUCAGUUUCACAAUGUUGCACCACACAAUAACCAUUCCGUGGUCAAUGAACAAGACAAACCUGUGCCCAGGCUCGUGCCCAAGAGCCAGCUAUCUCAAUUUAAAAAGAGUAAGAUGGAAAAAACACCCCAGUUGAAAGAAUACGCUCAGAGCUUAGGUUUGCAACCUAUGGUGAAGUUCAAGUGCCGGAAAUGUUGUUCCAUGUCAUUCAAGACCCUCGCCAUGCUCAAAGAGCACCAGCUUGUGUGCCGUGCACAAGCUAAAGAGCCUGCAUUGAGCCCUGAAGCAGCUCCCAGCACUGAUAGUAACUCGGGAGGUCCCUCUAGAGUUACUCGUAAAGUUUACCUGUGUUCAGCUUGUGGUACAUACUAUGAGAAUUGGAAUCUCUUUCUGCAUAUGCGUGAGGUGCACAGCAGGCAUAUAUGUUUAUUUUGUUUAGGAAUGUUUUCAAAAGCCGAGAAGUUGUCUUCACAUUUAAUUAAUAAACACAAUGUUAAAGAAUUUAGUUAUAAUAGCACAGAGGACUUUUGUAAAGUUUACAAUGGAAGCUUUUAUUUGAUGUGCUGUGUCUGUGAUGAGAUAUGUAGUGAAAAGGAUGAUUUUUUCAAUCAUGACUGUAAUAAUGUGAAACCUAAACCUGUGCCUGUGCUUAUUAGUAAGAAUUCAAUGAAAUCUAACAAUGCAAAAUUAGUUAAAAACAGUAAUGAUGCUGCUACAAAUGGACCUCUAGUGAUGACAAAAGAAUGUAUUAAACCAUUAAACGAACAAAAGGAAUUUACUGAACUAAAGCCUGACACAAUAUUGCAAUCUCAGAAAAUUGAGCCAAAUGUAAAUAUUUGUGAUACUGUUACCAGCAAUACAAGUACAAGUUCUGAGAGUUCUGCCUCUACCAGUAAAGAUACCAACCAAUCAUUAGAUAUUACAGAUGAUGUAAAAUGUUCAAAUAAUGAUAAAAUUCCUAUAACCCCAGUAAAUGAAAUAUUACAACCUAUAAUUUCAGUACCAAAUGGCAAAGAAUUGUCAGACCAUUCUGAUGAUAGUGACUCGCCAGACACCAGCCAUCUACAAGAAUCUCUAAGUCCUGAAACAUCAUUCAAACAAAAAGAGCUGCCCUCUCAACCUUUAAGAGAAGAGAAAGAAUGUGGUAUUAAACUAAAGUUAAGUCUCAAUAACGCCAACUCCCCAGUAAUCAUAAACUCAACUGUGGAUCCAACAGUUGGGCAGCAAUUUACACAUAAACCACCAACACGUAACAGAAGACCACCAAAACGAUAUGAAAAAGACAAAAUACCUGCAACUCAAGCAAAGACUACUCCUACCACACCUCAUACUAAGCCACCUUCUAUAAAAAUUACAAUUUGUGAUAAAGCUGAUAGUCCAUUUGUGAAGACUACAAUUAUAGAGAAUGAUGAAGAGACUGUAGUUAAAACCCUAGUGAAUAACAACAUUGAGCCAAUACCCAGGUUACCUGAAACAAAACCAGAAAAUGCCAUGAAAUCCACUAUUUACGAUAAUAAAUUAGAAGAUGUCAACACUUUGAACAGGGUCCCAAAGUUGACUGUGAGAGUUCCUAAAGAGUUUUUAGACAAAGAUUCUUCUAGUGAUUAUUCAUCAGAUAGUGAUGCUGGUGAAAAGUUACUUGCUGAUAACAAAGACAUGUGUAUAGAUGAGAGUAUACCUGAAAACAAAGAAGAACCCACAGAAACUAUAGAUAGUGUAGCUAUUGAACCCUCAAAAGAAAACGUAACAGAAAUAAAAAAUGACUCUGAGCCCACUGAUGAAGGAAAAGUAGAAAUCAAAGAAGAGAUUCAACCUAAUCCUGAAAUAAAAACUGAACCACCAGAUAUUACUUCUUCUGAGGACAUCAAUGUGGAAGACCCUGAAGUAAAUGACAUUAUUCCUGUAACUGAGUUAAUUCUAGAUAGGGCAAUUGAUAAAUAUCCUAUGAAAGAUCUCUUGAAGGUAUUUGUGACAUCAACGGUUUUUAACUGCAUAUAUUGUAAUCAUGUUCGUAAAAUAGCUGUAAAUUGUGAGCAACUUGCACUACAUAUGGUUGCAGAGCACCGAUUCUCAGCUACUGUGGACAGCAUAACAGCUGAGGAGUUGAUGCCAGAGACUAUUGCAGCAAAAGUGAAAGCAGCAGCUCAAGAAGUAUCCUCAAUUUACAUCAACCUGGACUCUUAUGAUAGUGUAGACAAAUGUGAUACAGUUCAACCAAACUUAAUAUUUGAAUGUUUUCAGUGUUAUUUCAAAACUGCAGUUCAUAAAGAACUCUAUUUCCAUAAUCGUAAAAUGCAUCAGAAAACAAUAUUACUUUGUGUAAUGUGUAAAAACAAUUUUUAUUCUUAUAGUGAAUUAUUAUGUCAUUUAUGCCCUGGAACAUAUGACUCUGAGUGUGAAAUUAGGUAUAGAUGCUGUUUUUGUAAUGUAGACAAUAUAUCUUCAUCAUUUAGACUAAUGGUGCAUCUUCGAAAGAUUCACCACACAUGUGAUGUGUGUUUAGAGUUUUGCCAAAGUCAAGCACGUCUGUCAAAUCAUGUGUGGAAACACAAACUGCACCAUUUGUGUUAUCGAUGUGGUAUAGCCUAUAGAAAUAAGCCUGACAUUACCAAUCAUUUGUUCUGGAAGCAUGGGACAGAGAGUGUGCUAUGUAAGAAAUGUUUGCAAAAAAAAUGGCCACAUGUGUAUCAUUUUUGCACACCACCAGCUGUGUUUGUUUGUGAUGAAUGUACACUACAAUUUACUAGAGCUGUAAGUUUAAAGGUUCAUAAAAGAUUUCAUUCACAAGAAUAUCCCCAUUUAUGCACUGAAGACGAAUGUACAGAGAAAUUUGUAUCCAAGAAACUUCUUAGCAAACAUUUAGAUGAACAUAGAAAAAAAUUAAUCAUAGAAGAUUUAGACAAAGAGGAAACGCCUGAUAAAAAUGACCUCUCAGAAGAAAAUCCCAAAGAAGCAAUUCCUGUUAAUGAUUUAGUACUUGAUAAACCAAAAGAAGAAGCUGGAUCUUCUGAAAAUAAAGCUGAGGCUGGAACUGAGCAAUUAUCUAAAAAAGGUAAAAAGAAAAAACUAAAAGAUAAAGAUGCACUAUUGUUAGAUGUUAAUUUGCCAGCACUCAACUUGUCAGAGAGCGAUAGUAGUGAUGAAUCAGAUUGUGGCAUAUCACAAGUCAAAGAUGAAAACCUUCAAGAUAAAACUAAGAGUGAACCUAUUGAACCCCCACCAGAUGUUGAUGAGAAACCCGCACCAGACAUGAAUGUUGACAUACUACCUGCUAAAAUCGAAGAAAAACUAGAGCCAACGGAGGAAGAUAAGCCAAGUGAAGAAAAAGUUUUAGAAAUAUGGGAUAAUUUUAAAAAAUAUCAGGAAAAAGUAGAAAAGCAAAAAGAAAAAACACCUCCUUUGGUACCUAUUAAAAAACAUGUUUGCGAAUCCGAUCACGAUUAUUGUGUUAUACCAACCGAAUUAAACGGCGAUGAUGAUGUUUAUAGAACUGAUAAGAAGAAAAGCAAAAGAUCUCCAAAAAAGAGACACGGAGGGCUUUCUUCUUCCAGUAGCAGUAGUAGUGAUAGUGAUUCCAGUUGCUCCUGUGGAUCAAAUUGCAGUUGCUCUUCUAGCAGUGGCUCUUCUUCUAGUAGUUCAUCAGAUUCAGAUUCCUCAGAUGAAUCUGGUAAUGACAAGAAAAAGAAGCAAAAGAAAUCACUGUCACAGAGAAGAGCCAGUAAUGGUUCAAAUGUGGAUGUCAUGGGAAUGGCAGAAACUCCUUUACUUAUUCCAGAAAAAACUGAACCGCCAAUUGCAGAAAGUGACUUGGAAACAGAGGAAAGUGACACAGAUGAAGAGUUCUAUGACGAAAACCCACAAAAGAUGGCCAAUAAAAUGCUAACAGAAAAGCGUAAUCAGUUACUACUUCUAGCUUCUGUAGCGCCAUCCGGAGGAUCGAUGUCAGGAGAACUGAGUCGCUGCACUACACCUGUUAAAGAAGAAGAACCGAAAGAAAUUAAGGAAAAUAAAGUAGAGACUAAGGAAGAAGUUGAAACAAAAGUGAAGUCAAACAGUAGUAAAAAGAAAAGUAAAAAGAAAAAGCGAUCUAAGAAUUCCAGAAAACAUGGACCUAUAAAGAUGACCAUUCCUAAAGACGUUAUUGCAAAAGCUGAUGCUGUAACGCCAUCUCUCAUGCCUAACAAAAUAACAAUAUCUUUACAGACAAAUACAGCUCAAAUACCAGAACCACCUACACCAGCCGCUGAAGUUUCGUCACCGAACAUCACGACCACUCCUAUUCAAACCGCAGAAAAUAAAAGAGCAUCGAAAAGGAGGCGCGUGCCUAAUAGGUUUUACGGCUACUCUAGUGAUGAAGAAGCACCUCAAACGCCCACAACAGCCCUGAAGCCUCAACAACCACCUAAACUAGAGUGGAGGAAAGAAGAUUUACCUUCGCCCGUCACGCACAAAUCCAAGAAGGAGAUACCAUCGACAGUCGUUCCGCAACGAAUGUUCAAUUAUAACGAGCCAAUUAGGUUGACUACGCCGAUUCCUGACCCGGAACCUCCGCGAUUCCUAAUGAAUUCCGAGUCAAUGGAAUCCAGCAACGAUUCGGAUUCCAGCCACGAGGGGGCGUUGGAAAUAUAUCAGCCGGCCGUGCAGAACCCGAUACCCGUUCCUCCUCCGACGUACCUGAACUCUGGCACCUCGAGUCUGCCGUACUCGUUCGCGAGGCGCGCCGUGCGCAAGGCGCGCGAGGGCGAAAGCGUGUACUGCUACUGCCGCUGCCCGUACGACGAGGUGUCGGAGAUGAUCGCCUGCGACGCGGAGGGCUGCCCCAUCGAGUGGUUCCACUUCGAGUGCGUCGGCAUCAUGGUACCGCCUAAAGGCAAAUGGUACUGUCCCGAGUGCAGGAAGAACCAGAGUUUCUCGGCUUUCAGAUAAGUCUAAUCGAAUGUUAAGUGUAUAUAACUAUGCCGUAUUGUUAUCUGUAUAUAAUUUAUUGACUGUAGAUACUUUAGCUUUACCUGUACCUAUAUAUUUGUAGUUAGUUCUUAUAAGUUAGAAUAUUAGGCACGAAAAAUGUAUCAUUGUUAUAAAAAGUACAUGUUAUGCUUGAUUCUGGCUGUGCGGCCGAUUCUGUCGUGUAAAAAUUGUUACUGACAUAAACGUAUACAGCAAACCGAAAUAUAAAUCCAAUUUUUGAUACCA